CGACGGUUCAGCGAUCGCUUUCGAAGCAGCCUAGAAGAGAGCCAUCUCUGUGUGAUGAACGCUCUCUUAAAUUCAAUUUCGCCUGUAGAAAAGUGAAGAUUACUUCAGUCUUCGUCAAUGUUCCAACUGUGAGAGAAUUAGGGGUUUUCUUUCUCAUCAAUAUACGAGAAUGGCGGCGUCUGCAGAGCCAAACAGGGAGGAUCACGCGGUGGAGCUGAUCGUAUGCGACGAGUCAGCGUCGGCGGAUGGCGGCACCUCAGUGUCUGAGGAGAUAACGCCUCUAUUGACCCAGGCCAUGAGACCCAAGAUCAACAUCUUUUCCGUUUCUUACUCUCGGAGAAAACCUAGAGAGCCAGUAACAAAGUUAUUGGAAUCUGAGAUUUCUCCAGUAACUCAGUUUGUCCAGUGGGUAUGGAGUGGAUCUAGAUACUCUGGUCUGUUAUGCAUGGCUUUAUCAUCUACCCUAUACUUUUCCAUGGAAGUUCUUUCUGUCGCAUGUUCUGCUCAGGCGAUACCUUUAUUUGAGAUUGCGCUUACAAGAUGUACAAUUAUAUUGAUAUUAUCAAUUUUGUGGUUGAGAAGAAGUGGGCAGCCAAUUUUUGGGCCAGCACAUGCUAGGAAGCUUUUGUUUUCACGAGCUUUUGUUGGAUGUCUCUCGAUGUUUAGUUUUGUGUAUAGCAUUCAAAUGUUACCUUUGUCUCAGGCUAUUGUAUUAAGCUUCACAACUCCAAUUAUGGCUUCAAUUGUAGCCAGAAUCAUGCUGCAUGAGAAGUUAAAAAUUUCAGAUAUUGGUGGACUAGCUUGCAGUUUCUUUGGCGUGCUAUUCAUAUUUCGACAGAUACUUACUCCACAAGGAGGGCUAUUUACUAAUGGGGCAACAACCAAUGCAAAUGUCAAGGGAAGCCACCAUAUAUUGGCUGUCUUGGUUGGACUCUUUUCAGCAAUGGCUGGUGGCAUCAGCUACUGCCUCAUAAAGGCCGGAGCUAAGGCCUCUGAUCAACCAAUAGUCACUGUUUUGUCCUUCAGCAUAAUGGCUAGCCCUGCUGCAGGGUUGUGUUCUUUUGCCUUUGAGGAAUUUGUCAUGCCUGGAAUUUAUUCUAUGUUCCUUAUGGUUGUACUUGGUGUUCUGGCCUUCUUGGCGGAGGUUCUUGUAGCUCGUGGACUUCAGCUAGAGAAAACCAGCAAAGUUGCGAAUGUCCUGUAUAUUGAGGCCGCUUUGGCACAGUUGUGGCAUAUUGGUUCAUCAAGUAUGGCUCCAACAUUUGGUCAGCUAAUUGGAUGUAUUCUUAUUGUGAUUUCUGUUUGUUGUACCAUGUACAUUGGACCCGAUAAAGAUAUUGAAUGAGGAUUUUUCUGUUUGUUGACAGCCAUUUACACAAAUUUGUUGCAACGAUUAUUAUAUCUUUUAAAUUACCAGUUAUAUCUCUA